AUGGAAUACACACUACAAACACCAAAACACACCACAAACUCCAAAACCACACCACCAACCCAAACCCCCACAAACCCAAAAAAACCAACACCCAAACACCAAAACCCACCACCACCGCAAACCAAAACACCACCACAAACACAAAACCCCACCGCAAACACCCAAAACUACCACCACAAACACCCAAAACCACCACCGCAAACACCAAAACCCCCCACCACCAAACACAAAACACCACCGCCAACACCAAAAUCUACCACCACAAACUCCAAUACCAACACCACAAAACACACAAACAACACCACAAACCCAAUCACCACAAGUAAAGAACCAUUAGUAAACAAAAGCCUGACAAAACAGCAAACAGCAAGCCUAGAAUCCGCAGCAAAAAAUACAAGGUAG